CUUGUACUUCCUGGUUAACAUUGGAAACAGUGUGAUGUUGUUUUGGUUACAAUGAAGUUUCAGAUUAUGUCAAGGCCGCCACCAUAUGGUUUUCUUGUUAUUAUUCAGACAUUGUUGGUGAUUGUAACAGCACAGACAAAUCUUGCUUUAAAGGGAAUGGUGAAACAACAAACAACGCUUACAGACGAAGAUGGUACACACCAUGCAAACUUAGCAAUAGAGGGACCUGCAAAUAAUAACUGGAAAGAUGGGUGCUCAUCUACAGAGGACGGACAAGCAACAGCAUCUUGGACUCUGACUCUACCAGAAGUAGCAUUUAUUACUAUUGUGAGGAUGUACCUUCGUAGUGACGAAACUGGCACAAUGAAAGAUUUUCGUCUAUACGUUUCGAAUACCACCAUACAUGGUCCAGAUGAAACUCUAUGCUACACAAAUUUAGGACAAGGAAGCAAUCCGGUAACAACACAGGAUAUUAGCUGUAAUCUACUUGCGAGAAAGCUUUAUUUUUUCAACAGAAACAAGGUUGUUGAAUUAUGUUAUGUAGAAAUACACGGAUGCUUCAUGGGUACAUGGGGACCAAACUGUACAGAACAAUGUCCACCAAAUUGUAUACACAACCAAUGUGAUAUUGGAAACGGUUACUGUGUCUGGGGAUGUGACUCAAAUAAUUGUUUAGAUAACAAAUGUGAUUUUCAAACCGGUGUUUGCAUGAAUGGAUGCGUAGCUAGACGAGGCGGACAGUACUGUAGCAAAUAUAAUCUAGCUUCUGGUGGGACAGCUAUACAAAAUCCUCUUAAUUCUAAUAACCCGGCAAGUUUGUCUAUUGAUGGAAACCGGACAAAUGGUAUCUGUUCCAGAACAACUGGACAAAGUUCGUACCUUCAAGUUGACACUGGAUCAAUGAGUGUUUUAACUACAAUAUAUAUAACCUUUGGUGAUACACUACCAGUAACACCAGGUGCCAACGUGGUGUAUUGUUCCAAUACAAGUAAUUAUUUGGUUGAUGGUAGUGUGUUAUAUCAGGGUGAACGUCCGACUACAAAUAUUGAACUCUACACCGUUUGUAGAUAUAUUACUUAUGCACCACCUGCAACAAGUGGAGUUGAUGUGUGUGAAAUUGAAAUUGGCGGGUGUCCUCUUGGAAAAUAUGGAGUCAACUGUGAAAAUUCUGGCCACUGCAAAGGAGCAUAUGACUUAGUUACAGGCAAUUGCACAUCUGGUUGUUUGGAUGGAUGGGUUGGGUAUAGCUGUGACAUUGCUUGUACUGAUGGAAACUUCGGAAGUGAAUGUAGUAGACCUUGUUCUGCAAACUGCUUAAAUCCACCGUGUAAUCAUGUAUCUGGUGAAUGUCCUGGAGGUUGUAAUAAAGGAUGGAAAGGAUACAACUGUACAAAAAAAUGUGACGAUGGAUAUUUUGGUACGAACUGUUCGCAAACUUGUCUCGGAUGCAUAUCAAACAAAUGUGAUAAAAGUGACGGAAUGUGCAAUAAUUCGAGUGGAUGUAAACCUGGAUAUGUAAAAGGACAAUAUUGCAAUGAAGAAUGCGAGGAUGGGAAAUUUGGCAUAAACUGUGCAAAGACAUGUUACUGUCGUACAAAACCUUGCAACAAGUUCAAUGGUAUUUGUUCUAAUGGAGCAUGUGCAAGAGGAUGGCAGGGUGAAUCAUGUGAUAAUGGAUGUGACAAUGGUUUUUAUGGUUUUAAUUGCAAUAUGAAGUGUACAACAUGUAACAAGACAUCAUGUGAAAUAUUUGAAGGGAAUUGUUCAUAUGGAUGCAUUGAACGAUACGAAGGAGUCAAAUGCGAUGUGUUAGUGCCCGGGGAGUUUAAACCCAACAACAAUAAUGCAAAUGGUGGAGCAAUAGGAGGAGGCAUAUCGGCAGCAAUUGUUGUCAUAAUUGUAGUGGCAAUUAUAAUUAUCAUAUACAAGCGUAAAUCCCGAUCUAACAGUGAACAGUAUCUGCGCAACCCGGAAAACAUAACCAGAAGCCAUGAAAACACGUAUUGCAAUCAAGAAAAUGCACUGAAAACGGAGGAUGUUUAUUUAAAUGUAAACAUUGAACACGAUUCGGAUAAUGCAAAACCUUCCGUUUCUAGCAUAAAAGAUAGUAAAGCAAGUGUUAAUGCAGAAAUGGACGAAUAUCCAGAUGAGUAUGAUAAUGAUGAAGAAGAAAAUGUUUAUAAUAAUGAACCGUCUGAACAAAACUUUACUAAAUACAAAAUACCAAUAGCAGACCUCAAAAACGUUAUCUGCGAGAAAAGAAAGGGAGAUGGUUUCAAAAAUGAAUACGAGAUUUUACCAAAAGGUCUUAUUCAUGCUCAUGCUGAAGGUUCAAAAGAGGAAAACAAAGUUAAAAAUAGAUUCCUGACAACAUGGCCAUAUGACCAUUCACGGGUUGUGUUGAAUGGAGAUACCAAACAUGAUUUUAUAAACGCUAGUUACAUUGAUAGUUAUGACAAAGAAAAAGCGUAUAUAGCAUCUCAAGGUCCGAAAAAAAACACCCUUAGAGAUUUCUGGCAUAUGAUCUGGCAGGAAAAUGUUGGCAAAAUAGUGAUGGUUACGAAACUGGAGGAGGAAAGAAGGAAAAAAUGUGAACAAUAUUGGCCUAAAACUAUCAACAAAGCAAUAAUGAUAGACAAUUUUAGACUAACAAUGACAGCGGAGAUAUGCCAUACCGUUUAUGUGUACAGAUUGAUCAUACUACACAAUAAGACGAAAAAGCAAGAACGAAAAGUACAUCAUUUUCAUUUCACACAAUGGCCAGAUCAUGGGAUUCCAGAUAGUAUCAAACUGGUAAACUUUUACAGAAAAGUAAAAGCCGAAAAAGGUGAUAAUGAUGGUCAAAUUGUUGUGCAUUGCAGUGCUGGUGUCGGCAGGACAGGUACAUUCAUAGCUGUGGAUGCUCUUUAUGGACAUGGGAAGAAUGUUGGAUACGUUGAUAUAAUGGAAUAUGUUCAGAUGAUGAGAAAAGACAGAAUGAAUAUGGUUCAAACACAUGAACAAUAUGCAAUUGUGUUUGAAGCUCUGCUAGAAUUAUUCACUGUUCCAGAUACAUCAAUUCGAAAGAAUGAUUUCUAUGAAUUUAUUCAAAAACAAGAACAAAAGACAAAAAAUCAAACAAUAUACAGAGAAGAGUUUCAGAGAUUACGAACGCUGCGGCCAUCAUAUUCGACUGAUAAGUUUACUGCUUCAAACAGUAAAGAAAACAAAUCAAAGAAUUCUACAAGUACUAUUCUUGCGAAUAUUGAGGGUGAUUAA